AUGGUGUCCUUUUUUGGCCUCAGAUUCGGCAGCGACAAAAAGAAGUCUCAGGGCAAGCAGUCCGACAAGAAGCAGGUGGUGCAGCAGCCGCAGCAAACCCAACGAUGGAACGGCAAUGGCAAUGACAGCUUCAAGUUCCCGAAGCCACAAGCGCCGGCCUCGCGACCAGGCACCUCCACCUCGAAUGCCCGAAACCUAGGCUGGCGUGCAACGUUCAAGGGCGUGCCAGCAGCGUCGUCCAUGGUCGAUCUAUCAGUGCCCCGGAAACCCAGCGAGAGUAGCCUGCGCCAUGGCAUUGACGGCGCUGGCUUCAAGCCCUGGAUGAAACCUAAUGCGAGCAUGACCAAUCUUGCCGUACCGGAUCCUUUUGGAGUAAACGGCGGCGGCCGGCCGGGGAUGCCAUCACGGCCCGCAGGCUCUAGACAGUCGGAAUGGGUGAAUCCUCUGGACGUUCACUUUAACAAAAAGCCUGGAAGCACCUCGAAAUCAUCCAAUCGUGCGGGAAGUAGCGGCGUCCAGGUGGCGGCUAGCAAGAGCCCCUUGAGUAAGCCUGAGUUGAAGGCUGAGCCAGAACCGGAGCCGGAGCCGAAGCCAGCCCAAAGAGUCUCGGGUGGCUUGGAUGGAUUCGACGAUUUUGGUGAGCCGGGGCCCGACGUCGGGAUUCGUGGGUCGGGAUAUGCUGGAUACCCAUCUCCUCCUCAGUCAGUCGAAACCGAGGAUCAGUGGCCCCCGAUGGCUUUUGCAGGCGGAGACACUGGAGCAGAGACCGAUUUAGAGGCAGAGGCAGAUAUGGAGGCGGAGGAAGAGGUAGAAGUGAGCACACACGAGUUGCAAAACCACUUCGCCGCUCCAGGAUUUGCCAACGGCCACGGCCCCGCGAUGCUGCCCAGCCCAUCAUCUUCUACAUCGCGCAAAAGCGAAGAUAAGCGAGCAUCGCCAGUCGUUAGGAACGUCCAAGCGAAGCGAGACACGCUGACGUUUCUAUCACCACGAAGGAGGAGUUUCACAAUGGCAAUUGAGGCAGACGACCUCGAGAAACACCGGCAGCAGCAGCGUCCCGUCGAGGGUCUGACGGGCAACUUUUCCAAUUUCGAUUUCGGCGACGGGGUGACAAAGCAGCCUGCUGUGGCUGUUGGGACGCUCGGCUUAGAACUAGUGGAGAGCCCGAUCCAAAUGAAGGGGCCACAUCCGUUUAGAGAAGUCGUGAGCACUGAAGAGGGAGACGCUGAAGAAGCCGUGGGCACUCAAGAUGCUGUAAGCGCAGAAGAUGUUGAAGAUGCUGCUAGCGAUGGCUUGACUGAGCCGAGUGAGACUGCCUCUUUGGUAUCGCCUGUGGCAUCACCCAUCGACUCACCCAUGGCAUCGCCCAUAGCAUCGCCCAUAGCAUCACCGAUAGCAUCUCCAAGGCAAUAUCAGGUAUAUCAUCGGGGGCGAGAAUCAGACGAACAAGGCAGCCCCCAGCGACUCAAAGUGGCGAUACCUGAUGAGGACUCGCAAUCCCCAUCGGCGCAUCAGCCGUUGCCGUCGCCCUCUGCUGUAUCGGCUGGCAUCGAAAGCCCUCGGCAAGUCCUCCGGAGACCAUCCCAGGCGAAUAUCGAAGCCCCAGUCGCACUGGCUUCAGUUUUGAAUUCAUUUACGCCAUCUACACCACAGGGCUUCAACUCGCGAAUGGCGUCUGAUUCUCGUGCUCGUGGUCCUCCACAACCCCUACAGCACGCUGCAUUGUCCAGCCUCAUAGCGCGCAUGGAGACACCUACACACAGCCCCCGAAGCCCAUAUGGACCUGCUGCAGAUGAGGACAACUAUGUGCGUACGUAUGAGGCACCUCGGCCACCCAUGGACCGCGUACCCCUGAGCCCCUUUGCUUCCAGAACGCCCAUGGAAGGAGAGUUUCCGGUCAUGAAGGGCCUUCCCCGAGGACGACAGCCCCCCCGCCCAAUCAUUCCCCCUGGCGAAUCCCCGGAGAGACAAUCUGAGGAGCGGAGCCCUCGACCAUUUUCCAAGUGGGGAGGGUUUGGCUUUGACCGAUCAGAAUCUCGAGGUGCCACGGUGCCGAUGCCACGGACACCCAAGGGUCAACGACCGAGUUCGCCGAGCUGGUCUCUUUCCACUCCCACGUCGGAUGUUGCGCCACGCAUCCCCAGCCCGACGUUCCCAUCGCUUGAGAAGGCCAUCUCAGCAACGAGUGAAGAUCUGGCCAAAUCGUUUGAGAUGUCCUAUGAUGCUCCCCAGCCGUCACCUCUUGCGAACGAAUUCACUAUCGAUGAUAUGCCUAGCCCCAGUAUAAAGCCGAGCCCCGUUAUACGUGUCGAGGCAAAGAAGGCCCCUCCACGACCCACGCCUUCGCCCAUCAACUUGCCGCCGUCACUUACCAGAGAUAAGGGCCCAUUAACGCCAAAUAGCCUGUAUUCUCCUUCGGGAUCGACAUUUAUCUGA